AAGGACCCUUUAUAUCCAACAUGGCGGCGACUAUACGGGUGUGCUAUGCCCUCCGCUUCACAGUCGGAGGCGUAGCACCACUCCGUACCAUUGUGGGAGCAGCUCAGAUCUCCCAGUUGACAAGUCGAGCCUCAGCUGCCUCACUCCAAAGAAACCCUGCACUUUCGCCGUUCCCCGCAACAGCGUGGCAGCAAACCAGACAUGGCAGCUUCUUCAACAAGUUGACUGCAGAGGAGCUGUGGAAAGGGGUGCUGGCAGAGUCGGGUGCCGGAGCCAGGAAGGGCCGGGGGAAGAGAACGAAGCGCAAACUGAAGAAAGAUCUGAAUCGAGGACAGACCAUCGGAGAAGGUCGAGGUGGUUUUCUGUGGCCUGGCCUGAACUCUCCGGUGGUAAAGGAUGGUCUUCUACAGUCAGUCAGUCGAAGAGGCGAGGCCGAGCAGCAGGAGGUGCAAGCAGAGUUAGUUCGUCAGAGGGAUGAGUGGGAAAGGAGGAGGAAGAUGAAGGUGAAGAGGGAGAGAGGAUGGACAGGAAACUCCUGGGGGGGCAUCAGCCUGGGCCCCCCCGACCCUGGACCCAACGGAGAAACCUAUGAGAACUUUGACUCUCGUGUUAUUGAGUUGAAGAGUGUGUUCAACAUGACGGCCAAGGAGGGCAGGAAGAGGUCCAUCAGCGCUCUGGUCGCUGUGGGAAACGGCAAAGGAGCCGCAGGCUUUGCGUUGGGUAAAGCAGCAGACAGAACCACAGCUCUGAGGAAGGCCAAGAACAGAGCCAUCCACUACUUGUACUAUAUAGACAGAUACAAUGACCACACCAUUUAUCAUGACAUUCAGUCCAAGUUCAAGAGGACGACGCUCCGCAUGAAGAAACAAAACAAAGGUUAUGGUCUGCACUGCCACCGGGCCAUCAUCACUCUGUGCAAGCUGAUAGGCAUAAAGGACAUGUACUGCAAAGUGGAGGGAUCUAUCAAUUACCUCAACAUCACCAGGGCCCUCUUCACUGGCUUAGCCAAUCAGCAAACCCACCAGACUCUGGCCGACAAAAAGAGGCUCCAUGUCGUCGAGUAUCAGUUGGAGCGAGGCCCGCUGCCUGUGGUGGUGGCGAGCCCUAAAGAGGGGGCGCGGCCCGACCCAGAGCCCGAGGAUGAGAUCCCCAACACCCAGCUGAACUGGGACGACGUGCGUGCUGCGCAGGGAACCAAGCGCUCGAUCUGGGCGGGCGUUAAACGCACCAUCUGGUAGGGCGGGAGUGGGAUGAUGAUUGGAUACGAGCACAGGACAGAUGAUUGGACUGAUAAAGACCAAAGGUGUCUGAUUUUGGCUUUGCUAAGAAAAGCUGAAAUUAUGUGUGGAACAAGAACUUUUGUUUUCCGGCAAAAUAUUCAGUUUUUGAAUUAGCAGUUGUUUUGUCAGCCAAGGACGAAAGUUACGUGUUUGUCAAACUGCAGACAUGUCAUUGGGCUACGUAAUUCUCCGGAUACACCCCACAAAGGCCAAUGUUCACUCUGAGUAAAAUGUUAAUGCCCUAGAUAGAAGUGUUUCCUUUCUAACUGUAAAGACAUCUGGAACAGUUCCAGAGUCCAGUAAGAAUAAAAUCUAAAUCUGUAGAAAUCAAUGCGUUGUUUACCUUUCUGUUUUUCAAGCAUUAAAAAAUGAAUAUCUCUAAAAUAAUGAAGUCUGACAGCAGGGACGCCUUCUGCUUCCACUGUAACGGAAAGGUUAGAAAUUUAAUUAUCAAAAUCGUCCAGCAGACCAUAACACUGAGCUACUGAUUAUCAGGAUGAAGAAUGAAUUGAAUUGACUGAAAUUAACAUUUUCUAGGCGACACUGAAGGUUAAAGAAAAUCUGAAAGGGAACCAGACUGUUAACCCCUGUAGAGGGUCACUGACAAUCAAGGACAAAAUAACUUUUUCUAGUACGUGCAGCAUUUGCACCUCAGUGGUGGAAAUGUUAGAGAAAAAAAUUUCGUUUUUUAGUUAGUUUUUUUUUUAACCUGUCAUUGUUUGUUUUAAGGAAUAGUUUGACCCAGGUUUAUCCCAGGAGUAGUUCAGACACCCACAGGGAUUAACAGUGCGGGAUUCUUUCAAAUAUGGUUCCUUUGUGUCCGUAUGUUCUGUAAAGAAUCACCAGGGGGAAUCAUUGCUCCACCUUCUCCACUGAAGUUGAAUUAUAGCGGGGAUGCUGCUACUUGACAAAACGUCACAAAACAAAGGUUCAUCAACACUGCGCACAGUGCUCACCUCUCCUGAUUAACAUAGAGCAGUGCUGAGGCAGUAAGUUCAAAGCUCACCUGGUACAUUCACCUGUGUGUUCACAUGGUCUGUAGUGCUUGUCAGGUUCAGUUUGACACAAGCAGGGUUGUGGCUGAAUAUUCAUCAGAGAGACAUCCUACAUAUUUUAUUAUUGCUCUGAACUACAGCCCAUUAGUUGAAAAUAGAUUUCUUCUUUUUUUGACAUUUUUAUUUUAAAAGUGUCCUGCACUGUAAUAUUUUGCUGGACAAGUAGAAACGUUUACCUCCUGACGGUGCCAAAGAGAGUGAGUCAGAUAAUCACCAAAGUCAGUAGGAUUCAUCGUCUGGGUGCCAUGGAUGUCUGUACCAAAUUUCAUGGCCAUUGUUCUGUAGGUAUUUUAAUAAAAUCCUAAAAUGUCAACCUGAUGCUGGUGCAGGAAAAGUAAGGAGAGUUCAUCCUCUGAAAGUUUCCUCUUUCCACUAAAUAAGUCUCAGAAAUGUUUCUUCUGCUCCCUCAGGUCUAAACUCUCCCUCGCUCCUGUCCUUCCAUCACAGACAUCGUCUUUCCAGCUUUGUUUUCCAAAGUGUGGCUCUGCUUCUCAGCAUUUGGCUAUUGUAAUAGUUCCAGGACUCUUAUCCUGCUUAUCAACUUUAAAUAUUGAAAAGAACAGAGUAAAUAUUUACCCACUGUUAGAUGUGUGAUUCGAUUUAGGCUUACAUAAGACCAACAACACUGUAACAAUGACUGCAGGAAUAAAAAACUGUGCAAAAUUUGAAAACUAAAAU